AUGGUUUAUUAUCAUACAUCAUGCAAUAUAAAAAUUUUACGAAACAUCAUAAUAGAUUUUGAAGUUUCCAAGGAAUUAUCUCCCUACGAAUAUAUGAAAAUGUAUAUCGAAAAAUGUCCAGAUACAACAGAAGAUUCCAAAAUUUCCUGGAUUGUUGAAAGUUUCUUAAGCUUUCAAAAACACAAGCCAUUUCUAAAAAUAAUGGUGUCCCAUAUAUCUGAAAAACUUUCUGAAGAAGAUCAGCAUUAUUUUAUGAUUUUAUUAAAUGCGGUAAUUUUUCACCUUUCUCCAAUAGACAUGCCCCUUCUUUAUAAAUGCCUUUUCAAUUUAAGUAAAUCGCUGUUAAACACCUACGCGACGUUUUUGAGUAAUAAUGAAGUGUUAACAUUUAUAUCCCAAGUUGCACAUACUCAUUAUGACACAAGUUUUAUAACUGAGAAGAUAAUCAACCCUUUAUUUACAUGGCAACCUUAUAUAAGUGAAAUGGCACAUAGUUAUGCCCAAUAUGUGAAAAAAAUUGAAAAUAGAAAAAUAAAAUUACCAACAAUACCUGUUCAACCCAAUGUGCUUAACAGAAAGGGUAAAAAUGACAGUUUUCUCUCCAUAAAAACAACUGUACCUGUUACUUCACCAAACUCUUUAAAACAAAAAGGCAAAAGAAUGCUAACCAAAAGCGUUAUUGAUCAAAAACUCAAACAAAUCCAUGAAAAUAAUAAACAAAAAGGAUUAGAAUUACUAAAGGAAAUUAAAACCAAAGAUUAUAAUUUUGCUCAAGGAAAGUCAGAUAAAUUUUAUAAAAAAAUAUCUAGUAUCACAGACGAAGGUGAAAACCAGUAUGUUAAGGCUGUACCUAAACUAAAAAACAGAAAUUUGAAUUAUACCACUCAUCCAAACGUAAAAGAAACAGCGACAACGAUUAAAAGAAUGAAUAAGAUAAUGCAAAUGUCAGAAAAGGAAGAAGUUCAGUGGUUACAAAAUUUACUGACAAAUUGCCGUGAUACAUUGAAGAUUGAAGAACUUGAAGAAUAUGACCGUCAAGAAAAAGAAAGAGAAAGAUUAUUAGAUAUUGAAAAAAAACAUUUAUUGGGACAAAUAUCUUAUGAAGAAGCUGUCAUUGCUAAGAAAAAAUUGUAUGAUGAUAACAAAAAGAAGUACAAAAAGUUUUUAGAGGAAAAGCAAACAUGGGAAGAAGAGAUUGAAAGAUGGAAACGAGAUGAAAUGGAAAAGAAUAGAAAACAAGUAGAAAAGUUAUCACUCAUAGAACUUGAAAUGCUUCAUGCAAAAUAUAAUGCUACUAUUAAAAAGAAAGGAAUAGCUGAUAAAACAAGAAAAGAGUCUGAAGAGUUGUUGUCUAAAGCUAUGAAAGAAAAACAAGAAUAUUUAGAAUGUAGAAUAAAAAUGAUAAAAGAAAUUAAAAUAUUGGCUUUGAUCGCUAAGAAAGCUAAAAUUCCGAAAAUUAUUGACCUUACAGAAUCAUCAGGACUGGGCUUACUAUGUGAGAUGUCUAUGGCUGAAUUACAAGAAAGGUUAAGUCUUGUGAAAAUUGGGCUCAAGGAAGAGUUAGAAAAAAAGAAAACUCUUAUUAGAAAAGAAAAUCUGGCUGCUAAGCACGAAAUAGAAGAAACAAAAAAAUCUAUUAAAAAUUACAUGGCUGAACGUUCAAUUUCAAAAAAACAAAAGGAAAAGACUUCGGAUAAUAUUCAUGACAAAUCGUCAUCCAAAGAAAUAAGCAAACUUAGAAAGAUUUUAGAAGAAAAGCGGAAAUUGCGAAUCAUGCUUACUAGUUAGU